AUGGGCAAAGCUAACACGUGGUUCGCUGUUCCGGCACUUCUCUGGUUCAAUCUUUUUCUUCUAUAUACCCCUCAUCAGUUACUCCUUAUUUCACACUUUUUUCUUCUUUAUCCCUCCAUCGCCUACUCUCUGUCUUUUAUAUAUCACUCUCUUUUAUUCUAUAUCUCUCCCUCAUAUAGUCUCUAUUUUACUCUUUUUUCCCUCUGUACUCCUCCUUCCCCUACACUCUAUUACACUCUGCCUUCUUUAUAUCUCCCUCUCCUAAUCACUUUUACACACUUUGCCUUUUAUAUAUGUUUCCUAGUCUCUAUAUCAUUCUUAUUUUUUAAUCUCCUCCUCCUUGUCUCUAAAGUAUUCUUUGUAAUAUAUAUCACUCGCUCUGCCCUCCUUCGGUUACUAUCUAUUUCACUCUUUUUCUUCUGUACCCUCAUUCCCCCACUCUCUGUUUCAGUGUAUGCGAUAACAUUUUUCUUCUAUAUACUUCCAUCUGUUAUUCUUUAUUUCUCUCUUUUUCUUCUAUAUCCCCUCCUUCUCUUCCUCUCUAUUUCAGUCUUUUAUCUUCUAUAUCUCUCCCCACUCCUAGUCACUGUUAUACACAUUGGUUUCUCUAUCUCUCUCCUAGUCUCUCUUUCAGUCUUUGUCUUCUUUAAACCUCCCUCUCCCACUCUAUAUUACACUCUUUCUCCCUCUCUUAGUCACUCGUAUAUACUUCUAUAUAUUAUUCUCCGAGUCUCUAUUUCAUUUUUUGCCUUCUUUGAAUCUCCCUCUUCUAGUCUCUAUAGCACUUUUUUAAAAUUCUAUAUCUAUCUCUCUACGCUCUCUCUGUUACUCUCUAUUUCACUCUUUUUCUUCUAUACCCCUCCUUUUCCACCUACUCUCUAUUUCAGUCUUUCUCUUUUAUCCAUCUCACCCUCCUCAGACACACACUUGAAUAUCUUAAAAGCUGACGUUUAUAUGUAA